UCCUUCCCGUCUUACCUAAGCUUGGCUUGUUGGUUCGCAUCCAGCCGCUCAUAUUCAAUCCCCAUCCACCGCUGCUUAAUCGGAGGGACGAAACUUCUUCUUCGUACGCGUCACAAUCCGCAUGAAAUCUGUCAACUACUCCGGCCAACCAACCCGAUGGCAGCAUCUCACCUAAAAAUAAAGUCCGAGAUUUUAGCCACGUGUCAUUUUCAGAUCGACUUAUAAGAUUGGGUCCACGUUAAGCAGAUGCGAUGCGAGGGAUCAUCAGAAAGCUCUUCGGGGAAAGUGCGAUUUCAUUUUUUUUUCGUCGUUUCACUUCUCCCACAUAGCAAAAGAAAGGAAGACUUCAACCAUAUUCAUCUUCCUCGUUCACGUCUGCGUAGCAUUUGCUGUGCGCGAGAAGAGAUGUCGUGCUCGUCUUCGUCGGGAUCGGAGGAGGACGAGGGUGUGGAUGCGUACAGGAAAGGAGGCUACCAUGCCGUGAGGCCGGGAGAUCACUUUAACGGAGGAAGGUACGUCGCUCAGAGGAAGCUUGGGUGGGGGAAUUUCUCCACAGUAUGGCUUGCCUACGAUACGAGAUGCAAGAAAUUUGUUGCUCUUAAAAUUCAAAAAAGCGCCUCAGACUUUUCACAAGCCGCUCUCCAUGAGAUUGAGAUUCUAACAGCUAUUGCUAAGGGUGAUCCAUUAAAUUGCAAAUGUGUUGUCCAAUUUAUUGACAAAUUCAAGCAUGUCGGUCCCAAUGGUCAACACCUAUGCAUGGUAUUUGAAUUUCUUGGAGAUAGCCUACUACGGCUAAUUCGUUAUAGUCGAUAUAAAGGAAUUGGAAUAAAAAAUGUGAAAGAUGUGUGUAGAUCCAUUUUAUGUGGCCUUGAUUAUUUGCACAGGGAGCUUGGAAUUAUCCAUUCUGAUUUGAAACCUGAAAAUAUUCUUCUUGUUUCCACCAUUGAUCCUUCAAAGGAUCCCAUACGUUCAGAAUUUACUCCAAUGCUAGAGAGGCCAGAAGGAAGCAUAAAUGGAAGUUCUGUUGUUAACAACAUUGAGAAGAGGCUCAAGGAGAGGGCUAAGAGGGCCAGAGUUCGAAUCUCAGAAAGAAGAUUUUCAAUGGAAGGUGUUGGGCAAGGGGGAGUGCAAAAGGAGAGGACUUUGGAGGGGAUUGAUCUAAGAUGCAAGAUUGUAGAUUUUGGUAGUGCAUGUUGGGUGGAUAAGAAAUUUGCAGGUGAAAUUCAAACAAGGCACUAUAGAGCUCCUGAGAUUAUUCUUGGGGCUGGAUACUCUUUUUCUGUUGAUCUAUGGUCUUUUGCUUGUAUUGCUUUUGAACUUGCCACUGGUGAUAUGUUGUUUUCACCUAAAACUGGAGAAGGAUUUACAGAAGACGAGGACCACUUGGCUUUGAUGAUGGAACUCCUUGGAAAGAUGCCUCGGAAGGUUGCCAUUACAGGAUCCCGAUCGAAGGACUACUUCGACAAAUAUGGAGAUUUGAAGCGGAUCCGAAGGUUGAAAUUCUGGCCCAUGAAUAGGCUUUUGGUCGAGAAAUACAAGUUUUCCGACCAUGACGCACGAGAGUUUUCAGAAUUCCUUCAACCACUCCUUGAUUUUGCUCCGGAGAAGCGGCCAACUGCAGGGCAAUGCCUACUGCACCCAUGGCUUUGCGGUGGAGAUCCAAACACGGGGUGAUUCUAGAAAAGCUGGUAAAGUUUAAAUGGUUGGAUGAAGAUUUUUUUGUUACAAAAAAGUUCUGAAUUGGCUUCCAUAAUGAUUUUGAGAGAAGGUAUGUAUCUUGAAAAUUCUUUUGAAGGAUUUAUGGAGUUUCGAAUAUUGUGGAAGAAGGUAGAAGAUAUUCUGACUUAUUGGCCAUUUUGAGAUGAAAGGAAGUGGCACUAUUUAAAGUACCUUCCAUUACAUUUUCUCUGCAAGAUCCAUAACCCCAUUAUGGAGUGAUUACAGCUUCUGUAAAUGGUUGAGCUUAGGAGGAUAAGCCAUAUCUGAGAAAUAUUUAUUCAUUUUGAGUGAUGAGUGAGUUGUGCUAUUUAUGACCUGUUCAUCCAUUGCAUGAUUAACUCCAGACUUUGAUUCCUUUUUUAUGAGGAUAUUCAGGCAUUAUUUGUAUAAAUAACACCAUUGAAGACCUCUGAUUGUCAUUGUAUUGAUUCUCCUUUCCAAGUGAAAUUUAAUUAUAUUAUACCCAUUUGCCCUGUUGUAAUUAUGUGUUUUGCUGAAGGUUUAACUCAUUGCCAUAGAUUAUCUAAUGGAUAUUACAUUUAUUUAAGCCCAAAUACCUAUGUAGCUCAAAAUG